AUGCAGGAGAUUGAAAAAAUUGUACCUCCCAAGAUUCUCGUGGCUGUAAAUGUUACAGAUGGCAUGACAGCACGUGAUUUAUUUACUAAGAACCACAAAGAGUUGGCGAAAGAAGGAGAACGAUCGAUGAAAGAGAUAGCAACUUCUUGUACGGUUGUAGGUGCUCUUAUCAUUACCAUCAUGUUUACUGCAGCAUUCACAGUUCCAGGUGGAAACAACGGAAAUACAGGCAUGCCCUUGUUCUUAGGUAAAAAGUUGUUUAAGGUGUUCAUAGUUUCUGAUGCCCUAUCACUCUUUUCUUCCACGACUUCUGUAAUGACAUUUUUGGGAGUCCUCACCUCACGCUAUGCCGAAGCUGAUUUCCUUGAAUCAUUGCCAAAGAAAAUGAUUAUAGGCCUUUUCACCCUCUUUUUCUCCAUAGCCACCAUGAUGAUUGCGUUUGUUUCUACCCUUUUUAUUAUGUUGGGUGAAAAGUCAUGGAUCGUGAUUCCAAUCACUUUACUUUCUAGUGCUCCAAUCGUCUCCUUUGCAUGGAUGCAAUUUCCCCUUCUUGUUGAGAUCUUCAUUUCUACUUAUGGAGCAGGAAUAUUUGCCAAAAAACCCAAACCUUUGGAAGUGAACCCCUCUGACAUGAAUCGAUCUGUCUGA